UCCUUCCGGCGCACCUCCCGGCGUGCACCGCAGCGGCGGCGGCGGCGGGAGCGGCAAGAUGGCGGACGUGCUGGAUCUGCAUGAGGCGGGGGGAGAGGAUUUCGCCAUGGAUGAGGAUGGCGACGAGAGCAUCCACAAACUGAAGGAGAAGGCCAAGAAGCGGAAGGGCCGAGGCUUCGGCUCAGAGGAGGGCUCCCGGGCGCGGGUGCGUGAGGACUACGACAGCGUGGAGCAGGACGGGGAUGAGCCGGGCCCGCAGCGCUCGGUCGAGGGCUGGAUCCUCUUCGUCACGGGGGUGCACGAGGAGGCCACAGAAGAAGACAUCCACGACAAGUUUGCAGAGUACGGGGAGAUAAAGAACAUCCACCUGAACCUGGACCGGCGGACGGGCUACCUGAAGGGAUACACCCUGGUGGAGUACGAGACCUACAAGGAGGCGCAGGCGGCCAUGGAGGGGCUGAACGGGCAGGAGCUGAUGGGGCAGCCCAUCAGUGUGGAUUGGUGCUUCGUGCGGGGGCCCCCCAAGGGCAAGAGGAGGGGCGGCCGCCGCCGCAGCCGGAGCCCAGACAGGAGACGCCGGUGAUGGCUCCUCAUUCCCAUGGCACAUCCAGACCGGGAGCGCCGGGAGGGGGGUUUGUACCUUGGGGACGGGAACAGGAGCAGCUGGAGGAGGUUUUCCUGGUUUCCAAGGGGACGAGGGAAGGGGGGAAGCCCCCAUUGGGGUUCCUGAACCCCUCAGCCCGGUUCCACCUCCAGCCACAAUGUUUCUAAAGCAUCUUCUUCCCCAAGGGUUCAACCCCGUGGCCUUCAGUGCCCGUUGUGGGAGCUGUAACCGGGCCCCAGCCCUGCUUCAGGGCUGGUUCCACAAUAAACUCUUAGUGCUAAAAA